AUGGCGCCCUCUUCCACCCUCAUAAACAAGCUCAAAGUCCAACUCAAACUCUCCAUCGCACGCCUCCGCAUGGUCCAACAAAAAGAAGCCGCCCUCGCCAAAGUCCAGCGUCGCGAAAUGGCCCAAUUACUCGAAGUCGGCAAGAUCGAAAGCGCCAGAAUCCGCGUAGAGAACAUCAUCCGCUCAGACCUGAACUCGGAAUUGCUAGAAAUCCUCGAACUAUAUUGUGAACUCCUCACAGCUCGCGCGGGGCUCCUAGAAGCGAAAGAAGUGGAUCCCGGUCUGGAGGAGGCGGUACAGAGUAUCAUAUAUGCGGCACCGAAGAUUGAUGGGGUGAAAGAGAUGAGUACGGUACGGCAGUUGCUUGCGGAGAAGUAUGGGAAGGAGUACACAUUACGGACGCUGGAGAAUGCGGAUGGAAAGGUCCCGGAGCGCGUGUUGAAGAAGUUGAGGGUGGAGCCGCCUAGUACGGAAUUGGUGGAGGCAUAUCUCUCGACGAUAGCAGAUGCUUAUGGAGUCGACUAUCCUCCUGGGACAAAAGCACGGAGGGAAGCGGAAGCUGCUGCAGCGGAACGGGGAGAGGACGAUCAGGAUGAUGAUGAUGAUGAUGAUGAUGGACCAUCCAAUGGGCAGAAAGUGAAGGCUUUGGAGGCGGCGAUCGAGACGGAGGAGUUGAGCAAAGCUACACCUCCGCGAGAUCUGGGUCCGAGGAGUCCGGUGUCAGUCAUGCCUCCUUCGCCUAGUACGGACAAUGUACGGCCAAAGGUCAAUCUGCCUGGAGCGCCGGCUCUGAAGCCUUCAAAGAAGAUGAUGGAUGCUACGAAACCCAAGAGUGAAAGUGGACCUGGCGGCAAAAUCCCCGAUGUGGACGAGCUACAGAAGCGUUUUGCUCAGCUGAAGCGAUAG